UACUGUAUCGUUUUGUUUUGGAACCACUGGCUUGAUUGCUAUGGGAUGGAACUUGGUGAGGCAGAGAUUUAGGUCAGCAGCCUGUGUUGAGCACCACUCUGUGUAGGGGAUGUUCCAGGGGGUAGGAGCAGACUUGGAGUGGUGAUUUCUGCAUCCAGGAUCUUACAGUGGAUAUAAAAGAUGGGCACACACACUGCAGUGUGAUAUGCAUGCAGGGGGUAUCAUGAUGGCAGAAGGGAGCAGGCCAGGUGCUUUACCUGAGGCCCAGGAGAGACUUGAGACCAGCGCCUUAAUGUAGACAUGGAAGGGUCCUUGGGGAUGUGCCUGGGGUCGGGAGGUGGGGGUAGGGAGGAAGGACAUGGGCACCAGAGGGACCAGCUUCUGCUUGAAAAGCACUUGCCUGUCCUUGUUACCCUUUCAGGCAUCUUAGGGAGCAUGUGGUGAUUUAGGCAUCAUCACCCCACCCCCACAGAACAGAGCAGACAUUUCAAAGCAAAAUGCAGAUGUUUUCUUUUGUUAAGGAGCGUGUCAGGAUGGCCAUAUGCAGUGACAGUUGAUUCCACAUUCCGCCAUGUUUGUCCCACCCAUCCAUCUGUGGUCAUCUGUCUGUCCCUGAAGUGAAGCCUGCAGUGAAGGAACAGUCUGCCUGUCCUUCUGCGGACAUGCCUUGCCUUGCUGUGGGCACCUUCUCUACAUUAUCACUCCUGGCUUACCACCAGCUGUGCCCACAGAGUGUCUGGGAUCGUGGCCGAGAGGCAGACUUAGCAGGCGUCACAGUGGUUUUCUGUGCAGGCAGGACCCUGUGAAACGCUGAUUUUCAGAGGGGCCUGUGGGCUGUGCCAGCACAGGCGUGGGGCUUCCAGCUGCCAGUUUGUCUACCCACCCGGCCAACCUGGAAAGUGUCUCCAUGGAUGAAAGAGGUUACCGAUUAUCGUAGGGACAAAAACGAGACUGAGGACUGUUGCACAUAGGUUCACGUUUGGUUGGCCUUGAUACCUCCCUUCAUUUCAGACACUGUUUUGGUCCUCAAAUACUUACACGUGCCAGGCACCUCGAGCCAGAGUGGCACCCAGUGCUUUUUGAUUAGCUACAUUGGAUUGCAGUUACCUGUGUUUUCACACAGUUCUGUGAUCCUUUCAAGUACAAACCGUUAGUACUAGCUCUACACUUAAUAGUAGACAUAGGGAAUUCCCUGGGGUCCAGUGGUUAUGACUCCACACUUUCACUGCGGAGGGCCUGGGUUCAGUCCCUGUUUGGGGAACUAAGAUCCUGCAAGCUGCGAGGUAUGGCCAUAAAAAAAAAAAGAAAGAAAGAAAAAGUAGACAUAGCCUUUUUAUAUUCGUAACAAUACUGUUAUUAAUCCAUGGUGUCGCUGGCCUGUCAGAUGACAGGUUGCAGAGGGGAAUGUGUGGAUGAUUGAAGCUGCGGGCCAAACACCACUGGGUUCCCAUUGCUGGGCAUUCACCACAGGGCAGGCAGGCUUGUGCCAGACACCAAGGGCUGCCUGUUCGUGGGUGACAGGGUGUCAGAGGACUGUGGAGGAGCAGGCGCACCUGCCUGUCCUGUGGCAGUCAGCUCCUGCUUAGGCUCUUUUUGGAAACAUUUAUAUGGGAUUUGUAAGCUGGGGAGAAAAGUCAUGUAAAUUUUCAUCCUGAAAUCCGUGAAAUGCAGAAUAGUACAUAGGAUAAUAUGAAAUCUUAUCUUAAAGGAAGUAAAUGCCAACAUAUCUGCAGAAUGAAUAAUAGCAACACCUUAUCUGUUGAUGAGGAAACAAGGCAAUAAUAUUCUUAUUACACUUCAGAAGCAGUAACCAAUUGCCAAACUUUGGGCAAAGUUUUGCUCCCUUAAACUCAACCUGGCAGGAUGGGCUGAAGGAUAGCAGAUCCUGCGAGAAAUGAAGGAUGCGUCUGGUCACCUGCUAAAUCAUGAUGUUACUUGGUUUGAUUUCAUUCAGGCCGUUUGUGAGACUUUAAAUCUUCUCCUGAAAAUGGCAAACCUGGUGUGGUCCGUUGCAGGAGGUCUUGGCUGUUGCUAAUGGCAGAAACCAAACUCGCUCACAGUUCACUUGCAGCCCCCAAGUGUCAGCCCAGCCCGUAUCACCCUGGCCAUGGACGGUGCGGCGGCUGUGCAGGAGGGCCUGUUGGAGGACAGAUCCGGCAGUGGCAUCUCGGCUUGCCCCGAGGCCCCCCCAAAGCCCCCUGCCUCCCUGGCGUCGCUGGACCAGUGGGAUGAAGCCCAGUGUGCCGGUGUUGAGGUAAACAGAGCUUCAGAUGAAGGAGGAAGCCAAGGGGACACCUGUCCGAAUGGGCCGGCGCCACAGUUCCGAGACCCUGCGCCAUCAGCAGGUCCUGAAGCCUCUGCAGGUGUGGCUGGUUUCCAUGACAACCUAAGGAAGUCUCAGGGGACUAGUGCUGAGGGCAGUGUUAGAAAAGAAGCUUUGCAGUCCCUCAGACUCAGUCUUCCUAUGCAAGAGACGCAACUGUGCUCAACAGAGGCUUCGCUGCCCCUGGAGAAGGAGGAGCAGGUCCGACUUCAGGCCCGGAAACGGCUGGAAGAACAGCUCAAACAGUACCGGGUGAAGCGGCAGCAGGAAAGAUCCAGUCAACCUGUAGCUAAAACAAGACUUUUUAGCACACUUGAUCCUGAACUCAUGUUGAACCCAGAAACCUUACCGAGGGCCAGUGCCGUGGCUAUGACAAAAGAAUAUUCCUUCCUGCGCACCAGUGUCCCUCGGGGCCCGAAGGUGGGCAGCUUAGGGCUCCUGGCACAUCCUAAGGAGAAAAAAAGUUCCAAAUCAAGCAAAAUUCGGUCUCUGGCUGAUUACAGAACUGAAGAUUCAGACGUUCGAAAUUCUGGUGGAAAUGUUGCGGCCCUGGACUCUGCCAGGGGCUCCCUGAAGCAGAACCGUGGCAGCGGGACGUCAGUGGUGUCUGAGCUCAGCCUGUGUUCCGAGGCUGACGACCGCCUGGAGAACGCAUCCCUCACAGGAGACAAUGUGUCUGAGGCCGAUGGGACAGAAAGCGACAGCUCCUCCUACAGCAGCGUCUCUGCCCGUGGGACGCCCGGCCUUCAGGUGAACACUGCAGGCUCGCACGAGGCCCCCUAUGUGGUCAGUGGCCAGGAGAUCGCGGCCAGUGCCCUGGGCCAGUUCCCCUCCAUCUCGGAUGUCCUCCAGGCUGCGGCAGCCGAGCGCCAAGAGCAGAGGCAGGAGGUGAACGGGGAGGUGCGGAGCCGGACCGACAGCAUCUGCAGCAGUGUGUCCGUGGAAAGCUCUGUGGCUGAAACGCAUGAUGAAAUGUUGCAAGUUCUUAAAGAAAAAAUGAGACUCGAAGGACAGCUGGAAGCUUUAUCAUUAGAGGCUAGUCAGGCACUUAAAGAAAAGGCGGAGCUGCAGGCACAGCUGGCCGCCCUGCACACGAGGCUGCAGGCGCAGCUGGAGCACAGCCACAGCAGCCAGCAGAGGCAGGACUCACUCAGCUCAGAGGUGGACACCUUAAAGCAAUCUUGCUGGGACCUUGAGCAGGCAAUGACCGACCUGCAGAACAUGCUGGAAGCCAAGAAUGCCAGCCUGGCGUCCUCCAACAGCGACCUGCAGGUGGCCGAGGAGCAGUACCAGAGACUCAUGGCCAAGGUGGAGGAGAUGCAGCGGAGCAUCCUCAGUAAGGACAACACAGUGCACGACCUGCGGCAGCAGAUGACAGCCUUGCAGAGCCAGCUGCAGCAGGUGCAGCUGGAGCGUGCGACGCUGACCAGCAAGCUGAAGGCAUCCCAGGCCGAGAUCGCGUCCCUGCAGAGUGUCCGGCAGUGGUACCAGCAGCAGCUCGCCCUGGCCCAGGAGGCCCGGGUCAGGCUGCAGGGCGAGAUGGCCCACAUCCAGGUUGGACAGAUGAGCCAGGCAGGCCUCCUGGAGCACCUGAAGCUUGAGAAUGUGUCCCUGUCCCACCAGCUAACGGAGACCCAGCAGAGGUCCAUCAAGGAGAAGGAGCGCAUUGCCGCCCAGCUCCAGGGCAUUGAGGCUGACAUGUUGGACCAGGAAGCUGCCUUUGUGCAGAUUCAAGAGGCGAAGACGAUGGUGGAGGAGGACCUGCAGAGGAGGCUGGAGGAGUUUGAAGACGAGAAGGAGCAACUGCAGAAGAUGGUGGCCUCAGCGGCGGCCCUGGAGCAACAGCUGGAGCAGGUGAAGUUGACUUUGCAUCAGCGAGACCAGCAGCUUGAGGCUUUGCAGCAGGAGCACCUGGACCUUUUGAAGCAGUUCACCUCAACACAGGAAACAUUGCAGAGCAGGGAGCAAGCCCUGGGUGACCUGCAGGUGCACUACGACGAACUGCAGGCCAGGCUGGACGAGCUGCAGGGGGAGGCCACCUCCAGAGACGAUACCAUCCGUUUCCUGCAGAAUGAGAAGAUCAUCUUGGAGGUGGCUCUGCAGGCAGCCCAGAGCAGCAGGGAGGAAUUUGAUAGAGGGGCAAAACGCCUGGAAGAGGGGGCCCAGGACACGUCAGAAACUUUAGAGCAGUUGAGACAGGAAUUAGCUGUCAAGUCCAGCCAGGUGGAGCACCUGCAGCGAGAAGCUGCCUCCCUGAACAAGCAGACGCAGAAAGUGAAGGAACAGUUUCUUCAACAGAAGGUGAUGGUGGAGGCCUACCGCCGGGACGCUACCUCCAAAGACCAGCUCACCAAUGAGCUGAAGGCCACGAAGAAGAGGCUGGUCUCGGAGGUGAAGGAGCUGCGGCAGGAGCUCAUCGAGCUGCAGGGGGAGAAGAGGUCCGUGGAGGUGGAGUGCUCGCGUCUGCAGAAGGAGGUGUCACAGGCCCGUCAGCAGGUGGCAGGUCUGAAAGGGCACCUCCAGUCCACGCAGAGGGAGCGGGACGAGAUGGAGACGCGCUUGCAGUCUUUGCAGUUUGAUAAAGAGCAGAUGGUUGCUUUCACGGAGGCCAACGAGGUGCUCAAGAAACAAAUGGAGGAGCUGCAGCAAGAAACCACCAGGGCCAUCACUGAACAGAAGCAGAAGAUGAAGCGGCUGGGCUCGGAUCUGAGCAGUGCACAGAAGGAGAUGAAGACAAAGCAUAAGGCCUAUGAGAACGCUGUGGGCAUCCUCAGCCGCCGCCUGCAGGAGGCCCUCACGGCCAAGGAGGCGGCCGAGGCCGAGCUGAGCCAGCUGAGAGCCCGGGCGGCCGACGGCGGCAGCGACCUUGCCCUGCACGAGCGCGUCCAGGCCCUGGAGGCGGAACUGCAGGCCGUCAGCCACAGCAAGAUGAUGCUGGAGAGGGAGCUUCAGGAGGUCAUCGCACUGACUGGCCAGGAGCUGGAGGAGCAGCGGGAGAAGGUGCUGGAGCUAGAGGACGAGCUUCAAGAGUCCAGAGGCUUCAGGAGGAAGAUAAAGCGCCUUGAGGAGUCAAAUAAGAAGUUGGCUCUGGAAUUAGAGCAUGAGAGAGGGAAGCUUACGGGCCUCGGACAGUCCAAUGCAGCCUUGAGGGAACACAACAGCAUCUUAGAGACGGCGUUAGCCAAGAGGGAGGCAGACCUGGUUCAGCUGAACCUGCAGGUGCAGGCAGUCUUGCAGCGCAAAGAGGAGGAGGACCACCAGAUGAAGCAGCUUGUCCAGGCCUUGCAGGCCGCGCUGCAGAAGGAAAAGAUGACGGUGCAUGGCCUCGAGGAGCAGAUUGCUACCACCAAGGCGGAAGCGGGCCACAACCGCCGCCACUUUAAGGCCGCCACCUUAGAGCUGAGCGAGGUGAAGAAGGAGCUUCAGGCCAAGGAGCAGGAGGUGCAGAGGCUGCAGGCUGAGGCCGAUGGGCUGCAGGUUCAGGAGGGGAAACGUUCCCAGGAAAUAGCACAGUUCCAGGCAGAGCUGGCGGAGGCCCGGACCCAGCUCCAGCUCCUGCAGAAGCAGUUGGACGAGCAGCUGAGCAAAGAGCCUGUAGGAAAUCAAGAGAUGGAAAAUCUCAAAUGGGAGGUGGAUCAGAAAGAGAGAGAAAUCCAGUCCCUGAAGCAGCAGCUGGACUUGACUGAGCAGCAGGGUAAACAGGAGCUGGACGGAAUACAACAGUCACUGCAGAAUAUUAAAUCUGAGCUGGAGAUGGUGCGGGAAGAUCUGUCCAUGACCCAGAAAGAUAAAUUCAUGCUUCAAGCGAAAGUGUCAGAACUGAAGAACAACAUGAAGACACUGCUGCAGCAGAACCAGCAGCUGAAGCUGGACCUGCGGCGGGGAGCCGCCAAGAUGAGAAAGGAGCCGAAGGGAGAAGCCAGCUCUUCCAGCCCUGUGACACCAGUGAAGAUUCCCGACUGCCCUGUCCCGGCCUCGCUGCUGGAGGAGCUGCUGCGGCCCCCGCCUGCUGUGAGCAAGGAGCCUCUCAAGAACCUCAACAGCUGCCUCCAGCAACUCAAGCAGGAGAUGGACAGCCUGCAGCGCCAGAUGGAGGCUCACGCAGUCACUGUGCAUGAGUCGCUGUCCUCGUGGACUCAGGGGGACCCCGCCAGCCCCUCCCCCCUGGAAGAUCACGCCAACCCCAGAGGAGACACAGAGCGACACGGCCAGAGCAGGGCCUCAAGAGAGGGACUUGGAAUGGUGACCACCGAGCAUCUGCACCCUGAGUGUUUGUAACUGCCCAGAGGAAUGUUCUCUUAUCGACGUUAUUUAUUUGACUGUGUGUGCUAUGUUUUUCUGAGAGAUGAAAUUUAAGUUUUGCGUUUACAAGGAGUAAAAUAACAAAACAAGAGCCAGGGAUUGAGAAAUAAUCAUUUGCAGAUCACAACCAGCUUUUCCCAUGAAGUGACCAAAUCUUAAAACCCUAAUUUAGGUCUCAGUGAGACGUUUUUGAAUGUGUCUGAAGGGUCGUUUGCAAGAGGGGGCAUCUUAGGCACAACCAUAGAGGCUGCUCUCGGACGGUCGCUGGUGGAGACGCGGCACGGCUGAGUCCGGUUCUCACUUUCCUGUCUGAUUCAGAAAGAGCUUUACUUCCCUGCAGGAGUGAGACUUCAUUUGCACCUUUGGUUUUUAUUUUAUUUUAUUUUGUUUUGUUUUCAAUAGCCAUCUCUCCAUACAAUGUGUAUAUAAAUACCGAAAAUCCUUAUCUAAUCUUUAAGAAGUAUAUGCUCAUGUUAUUUAAGAAUGACCUGAAUUGUCUUUUUAUUGAUUGUCUCUUGAAAAUCCGCUGUUAGGAAACAAUGUACAUGUAGGAUUUAGGAAUGUCAGUCAGAAAAUUAUAUUUUAAGAGAUUUAAUUAUUUUAUUUACCUUCUAAAACCAAAUAUUCUUAGAUAGAGGUUCUUUGUUAUUUUUGUUUCACUUUAUUUUGAGGGUCUUUCCUUGUCAUGAGUGCACAAUACCCACCUGCUCAACCCCUGUCCCUGCGUGGCCUCACUCAUCGUGGCCCACCCCCGGACAGGCCCAAUGGACCAGGACGCCCACAUGGACCCGCAGUCAGUACACACUGACCUGAAGUGUGAGGCGUGGGAGAGGCCUCGGGAGGGGAGGGGAGGGGAGGAGCAGGGCCAGGGCUCCCGAGGGCUGCAAACCAGGGAGCAAGGAUUCCCCAGGCCUCACACUUUUUUUGCCCUUGUGUGGAAAUGUCCACCAGCACCUGUAUGAUCAUCACAAGGUAAGCUGGCCUUUGUAUGGUGACAGCCUUCAGAAGGGUUAGAAGACCCUUGACCCUCUCAUCUGGAGAGCAGCGAGGUUUCUGAAAGGGGCAUGUCAGCAAGAGAGGGUCUCCCGAGCCUUAUUUGAAAUCAGACACCCCAAGUGUGUGAGGUCCCAUCUAGAGUGGCUGUGAGACUCGAGGUUUGUAAGUUUGUCCCUAGUUUGCUAAGAUGAUCUAAAAUAACGUCUCUUGUUGCAAGUUAGAGAAUGGGUCUCUGUGGCCGCUGUGCAGGUCGGCUGGUCUGCAGAUGAAGUCUGCGGUGUUACUGAUGAGGCCAGACACGCUCGUGUCACCACGUCAGCUGGGUCUCUGUUAUGGCAAGAACAGCAUUGUGUUCUCUCAAGGAGAUUAAAAGGUUAGAAGAUUAGUUGAUAAAGUAGCAUUAACCACAAAGAUGCUUGGUGUUUAAAAAAAUUCCCCAGCAAGCAUUGAAACUUCUAAAAUAUGUAUAUCAUUGUACAGGGUUAAUCUUGGCAAUUAUACUUGAAAACUUCAUUAUAAAUAUAUUCUAAUUUUCAUUUUAAGUUGGAAAUAAUUUUUGACAAAAUUGUUUUUGUACCAUUGGAAAGGAAAAAUGGUAAUUUACGUUCCUAUUUAUUUUGGCCGGUUAUCCUUUGUUUUAAUUUUAGAGCCAAGAAGUCACAUUUAGCCUCAUUUUGUAGCUGCUUUCUGACUCCUUGCUAAGGUCUUCCAGGAAAUCACUGUGUGUUUUCUUCCUUAGGAAAGGAUAAAGGAAUCCUGAGCAUAGCCAUCGAGAGAGAGCCAGUCUCUGUUCCUCACCUCUUUCUCCUUUGUCGACUCACGUGUGUGUGUGUGUGUGUGUGUGUGUGUGUGUGUGUGCGCGCGCAGCUACAGCAGUAGCGCCUCCUGUGGCUUCCUGCCGUCAUCCUGUGCCAGCUCCAUCCUGUAGUUCUGUCUGUGCCCAGCCUGCCUCUGGCCUGAGCGCUCUGGCUGCCCCCCACCCCCAUGUCCUGUACACCCCCCGUGCUGUCAUGUCUGGCCUGCAGUUCCGAUCAGGGGCCUUGUGUCUAGCCUUCCUUAACAGAUCAUCCUGAAAGAGGAAAUCGGACUGAAUCACCUGCUUUUGGUUUGUUGAGCUUUUUUUUCUCUGAGGGACUUUACUGCACUUCUGCCUCCCAGAGCUCGAUUCUUUAGUGAACAACGUUUGAAAUAUUCUGUUGUGGGCAGAAGUGGAAAUUAGGAAUUUCCUCAUGGAAAACAGUAGUCAGCUUGAGUACACGUAAAAGCACGUUUGCCGUCGCAUUGUAUUUGUGUAUAUUCUUCAUCCUGUACAUCGUGUCCUCACUGGAGAGCAGUCAGCUUGGACACUCCGUGAUGUUAUGACUUGAUUUUCUUAUGUUCUGAAAAUAACUUACUGCGAGUGGUUAUCAUUGAUUUUUCCACGGUACACAUCAGGUAGAUGCCACGGAUCUUACAGAUUUAGAUGCCUUUGUUCUACUACUUGGAAGGUGUAACAGGCAGUGUUUUUGAUAGGAUGUGAAACUGGCUCAUACCUGGCCUGGGGUCUAGGUGCCAGGAUGGGCCUAGAGGAAGAAGCCUGUGGAAGGCUGCGUUAGGAAGAUUCUCAUUCAGCUCUUCCUCAGUUUAAUGACUUUUCUUGAUAUAGGGAUACUGCAAAAGCCAUGGACCUGCAAAGGCACCAUGACAUAUAUUCCUACUUCCACGAGUAUUUUUUUAACAAAAAUUAAAUGUCGUGUGUAAGGAUUGCUAGUAGUGAAAGGGACCAGCGGGUCUGAAAGAGAAAUGUCCUGGAGCCUCCCCAAGGGCCCAUGACAUGCCACAAGGCGGGGACGUGUGAGACACUGGUAGCCUCGCUGAAGUUCCCUCACUCCCUGUGCCAGGCACCUCUCAGUGUAUGGUGGUCUCCCAUUACCAUAGGAUCCUGGAGGCUUUAGACGAUCUAGAAAAGUCGGUGGUUUUAAGUUAUUCAUGUUUAACAAAAAUUUCCUCAUUAAAAGGGAGUCCUCAGGUUGGGGCUAUUCGGGGGAAAGAUGUCACCAUGCACAAUGAAUUGUAACUUUAAAAAGCAUGUUGGGGCUUCCUAGGUGGCGCAGUGGUUAAGAAUCCACCUGCCAAUGCAGGGCACACGGGUUUCAUCCCUGCUCCAGGAAGAUCCCACAUGCCGUGGAGCAACUAAGCCCCAUGCGCCACAAUUAAAAAAAAAAAAAAGCAUGUUGAUUUUUUAUAAAUUUAAGUGUGCUUGGGAAUUCCUUGAAUUUUGUGCAAUAAACUAUUUUUUGUUAAAGAUU